GUUUUUUGCGCGUGUAUCUGUGUGUGUGUGUGUGUGCCACAGUUUUUCGUUUGAGGUUUGCACUUUAAUUUCAUUAGGGCGACCGCAAAACAGGACGCGCAACGUGGACCAAACAAAAUGUUAACCAUGCAGCGCGACUAAACGACAAACAAAUGAAAAACAGCUGCGGCUAUCAACCGCCCUCACACACACCCGCACUCAUCCAUCUACACACACACUCAGCAGCUGGCUCAACCUACUGAAUGACAACUUGAAUUGCAAUCGCUGUCCAGCAGACCGUCACUGGGCCACACACAGUUGCAGCAGGACCAAAGGGGGAAGGAGGAGAAGCAGCUUAAGCAGCCAUGGGCGACCUCCAGGCUACUAUUGAGUUCUCCGUCGAGCUGCACAAAUUCUUCAAUGUCGAUCUCUUUCAACGCGGGCUCUAUCAGGUGCGCUGCGGACUGCGCGUGUCGCCACGCCUACCCGUCCAGGUGGAGACAAGCAUUCCCGAUGCCAGUGGCAAGCCGAAUCUGAACGGACAUGGAGCCGGCGUCGUUGAUCCGACCAGCGAUAGUGAGCGCGAACAUGAGCAGCCAUCGCCGGAGGAUGCUGGCACAACUGUGAUGGGCAACAGCAACGGUAUUGUGAAUGGCAACGGGCAUGGAAAUGGCAACGGGAAUGGGAGUGGGAAUGGCAAUGGGAACAGCAAUGGAAACGGCAGUUGCACAUCCGCAUCCAUAAUCAAUGGCAGCGGCGCCUCGCGUAUUUUUCAGAUACUCUAUCGCAACGAAGAGGUGCCGCUACGGGAUGUCAUACACUUUCGCAGCCAUCUGCUGGUUGACAGCCGUCACCUGAAGGAGUCCAUCGAACGAGCCGAGUUCUCGCUGCAGCUGGAACUUUGGUUUGCCGAGCAGAAUGGAAGCGCCAACUUGUCGUUGGCCUCCACACGCAAUUUGCAGUUGAACUUUCAUCCGGGACGCGGUCUUCAUUAUCAUCUGCCGGUGCUCUUCGACUACUUCCACUUGGCGGCCAUCAGUGUGGGCAUUCAUGCCAGCCUCGUUGCCCUCCAUCAGCCAUACAUCAACAGACUGCCGCAUGUGGGCGUUGUUGGCAGGGGCGUGGCAUCGUUUCUAGUGGUGCCACAACGACACAACUUCCUUCAGCCAUGGCGCAGUCAAUUUUUACGCCGUUUGAUUCUACAAAAGAAAAGCAUGUUCUCAUAUAUCAAGUUAUGUGCGCCACGCAGCUCGAAGCCUUGGAGUGCCGGCAAACUGAGCUGUCGUGGCAACACCUCUCCAGGUCCACUCGAAGCCGUCUUCUUCGGCCCCCAAAUCGGUGGCACGACCAAAUGCAGUGGCGGACCAACUGGAAGAUUGCUUCAGUCCCGGCAAAUACAUCGCGACAUCUGUAGCCUGCUUUUAGGCGCCAUCGAACAGCUGAAGGCAACACUCAAUGAAUUCAGCACAGUUCUGCCACCGAGCAUCAAUUCGCAGAUUGGUUCUCCUCCUCUGCGGGAGAACGACACUGGAGAGCGAUUGCAGCAGCUGAUGGAGCAGGCCAAGCUCCUGGAGGCAGAGGAUGACUUUGCCACGCUGGCCAACUCGGACAUCGCUCAACUGUGCGCAGAGAGCAUUUUCUGGUGGCGUCGCGUGUUGCUCGCGUCGCGAUCCUCGACAGCAGUGCACACGCUGCUCGCUCGGAAGCAUCACAUACUUCGCGUGCGUCGCUUUGCCGAGGGUUUCUUUGUGCUGGAGCAGCCACGACAUGCGGCAGCUGGUUGCCACGAUCUCAACAGCAGUCCAGGGCAGCAGAAUUGUCAGGGCUACGCAGGCAUUGCGGAGUUGGCGCGUCGCAGUCGCUAUCUGCAAUCGCUUCCUCCGUUGCCCGUGCACUGCACGCCCAUCGAUGGCGAUGCGGCAUCGUUGCCGCUGAUCUUCGAAGAUCGCUACGUGGUGCCCGGAUCAAGCUAUGGACGUCGCCGCUCUGGCAGCGAUCCGCAGCUGGACGAGACGUCGACGGUGGCGCGGAAAAAGUCUACGGUGCCGGAUAAAACGCAUUCGUCGAGCAGUCUGAAUGGCACCAAGGAUUGUCUUGCGUGUCACUUUGACUACGAUUAUCCGGCGAGCAAUGGCAACGGUCCAGCGCAUCCGCAUGCCAAGUGUGUGGUCACACCACGCUUUGCCCUGGGCGGAGAAGUACUUCAAGCCAGCUUGACCAUUGCACCGAGUAACAAAGAGGCGCAGCCUGUGGCGCUACGUCACAAUCUGUCCAGACACUCGGUGACGGGAUUGCUCGAGGAUCUCGAUGUGGACGAGGCAAUGUUGCCCACGCGGCACAGCAAGUCGCUGGAUCAACUCGAUGGCAACGUGGAGACGCCAGUGUUGGCCCAGUCUGCGUGUAAUCCUCGCCAGGUCAGCUACAACACGUUGCCAGCGGGUUUGGCGCGUCUCCAGGCCGACGAUUUAAUGCGCAACAUUUGCGAGUUUCGACAGCGUUACGGACAUCAUGGCAAGUUUGAUUACCUCAACGAGAUCAAGCUGCUCAAUCCGCCCAAACAACAGCAGCAACCACAGCAAUCACAGCAGCAACCACAAUCGAUGGCUGCUUAUAAUUCGCUGCCCAAGAGCAUGGUUCCACCUCGUAAUUCGUAUCCACCGCCACCUCCUAGUCAGUACACGACGAUGCCCAGGAGCAGCAGCUCGCAGAUACCACGCGCUGUGGAGAUUGCUCGCGUGCGUGUGUCGGACAUCAAGGAGAUGCUGCGUCAGGGACAGGAACAGCAGCAACAACAGCAGCAGCAGCUGCGUAAGGAGUCGAGCAGCUCAGAGAGUGACAUGAUGCAGAAGCUGCAGUUGCUCAGCUCCAGCAGCGUGCCAUUUCGGUUGGAUGCCACCACAACGACAGCAGCCAACAGCAACAACAACACGAACAGCAGCGAUCCCAACACAAGUGGUUUCAGUGAAUCGCUGCCGAAUCUGGCGCCGCCUCCUGAAUUCGAUUCGGAUGUUCGGCGACAACGCAGCAAUUCGACUUCAUCGCUGAGCGAGGAGAGCGGCUGGGUGAGCAGUCGACGCAGUUCGUUGGCCAUCUCCAGUCCGGAUACGAUCACAAGCACGGGGCAACAACAUCGUCAACAUCAGCGACACACGCAACUCAAUCUGGGCAUGGGCAUGGGAUUGGAGACGCGUCUGAACGGCGAGCAGUUGCGAUUGCGAUUGCAGAAGUUGCUCGAUCAGCAGCAGCUGCAGCAGCAGCAGCCACACAAACCCACCAGGAAACGUCAGUCAGCGGGCAACAGUCAAAGUCGAACUCCGGCCCGACAACCGCAGCAGCAGGAGCUGCACAAGAAAACAUCUUCGGUGACGCUGACCAUCAAGAAGGAACGUUCGCGGUAUCAACUCGAUCGAUUGCGACAUUUGCCCAAUGGCGAGUCCACCGAGGUGGAGGAUCUAGAGCGACCGCCGCCACGUCAUCAUCGCCAGAAUCGCCACAAAACAACCAACAACAACAGCAACAGUAAUGCAAACAAAUGCGAAAAGUCCAAGUCGGACUUUGAUAUUACAAGCUUGAAAGAUUUGCAGCCACUGGAAACAUUGUGUUUGCCGCCGCCGCAACAGUUUCAGGAUCAGGAUCAAGAGCAGGAAUUGGCGCCUUUGGUUGUGGCGCCGCCUCCGCCUGAUGAAUUCAGGGAUCCGCCUCCAGAACCAGCGCCAGUCACAGCUCCAGCUCCAGCUGCAGCUCCAAUUGCAGCUGCAGUUCCAUUGCCAGCUCCCGUUGCGUUGUCCAAGCCAAAGAGCAAAGUGUUGGCCUGUCAUGUGGUGCAUGCUCCACCGUUGAAGGAACGUCAACCGAUUGGCGCCAUUGACAAUCCAGUGUAUCACAUCUACGAGUCACUGCGUCCCAUGUCCACGCCGGCCAUCUUCAGCAACAAGCCAGUGCUCAAAUCGCACAGUCUGGCUGAGCUGAAGCGUCCUGCACAGCAGCAACCACAGCAGCAGCAAUCACAGCAACAGCAGCAGCAACAUCAAUGCAAGCAGCCGCUGCCGGAGAACGAAGCUGACAUCGAGCAAGACGAAAACAAGGAGAACGCGAAUGGUCAGCUGCAACUCACACGUGGCAAGCCAACGAACGGUUCCGUCUCCAAGCACAAGCGCAAGGCACAGCAAUCGAAUCAGGAGCAAAGUCCCAGCAUUUCACUUUUGGAAUUCGAAAAGUGUCGCGAGGAAUUCCGCAAGCAAAUCAAGUAUCAGGGCAACAUUUACUCAGACUAUGUGCAGCUCGCCUCGGAGUUGCCCUAUUUCUACAUCAGCGACGAGUAUCGCGCCUUCUCGCCCAAUGGCAUGCAUCUCGUCAUCUGUGUCCAUGGCCUCGAUGGCAACUCCGCAGAUCUGCGGCUAGUGCGCACUUAUCUGGAGCUGGGAUUGCCUGGAGUUAAUCUCGAGUUUCUCAUGUCGGAGCGCAAUCAGGGCGACACAUUCUCCGACUUUGAUACCAUGACUGAUCGGCUGGUAGCCGAGAUCCUCUAUCACAUCGACAGCUGCGGUCUGAAUCCAGCGCGCAUCUCCUUUGUGGCACAUUCGCUGGGCACCAUCAUCGUGCGCAGUGCAUUGGCUAGGCCUCAAAUGCGUCCACUCUUGCCACGACUGCAUACCUUCCUCUCGCUUUCUGGGCCGCAUCUGGGCACGCUUUACAACACCAGCGGGCUGGUCAACAUGGGCAUGUGGUUCAUGCAGAAGUGGAAGAAGUCGGGUUCGCUGCUGCAGCUCUGCAUGCGUGAUACAACGGACAUGCGCAACAGUUUCCUCUACCGUCUGAGUCAGCGAAGCACUCUGCAUCACUUCAGCAACAUUCUGCUUUGCGGUUCCAGCCAAGAUCGCUAUGUACCCGCGCACUCAGCACGGUUGGAGUUGUGCAAGGCUGCCAUGCGUGAUACUUCUUCAUUGGGCACGAUCUACAGGGAAAUGGUGCACAAUGUGAUUGCUCCGAUCUUGGCCAGGCCAGAACUGACGCUGGCUCGCUUCGAUGUGCAUCAUGCGUUGCCCCACACAGCCAACACACUCAUUGGCAGAGCUGCUCACAUUGCGGUCUUGGACUCUGAGCUGUUCAUUGAGAAGUUCAUGUUGAUUGCGGGUCUGAAGUACUUCAGUUAACAUGGCUGCCAGCGCAAAAGGAAAUAGAUCUGGAACUAGAACUAGAACUAAAACUGGAACUAGAACUGCAACUUCAACUGUCAGCAGCCCUUGAAGUUGUGUAGCCCUAAGAGCAUAUGUAGUACUCAUACUCGUAUUUGUAUUGGAUAUUUUAAUGUUAUUUAAUAUGUAACAACACAAAUGGAUCUGUGCAGUUUGAACAAACCACAGACAGGGUACUAUUAAAAAAAAAAAACCGAUUGAGAACCACGUUUCUUGAGCCAACAGAUUCCACUGCAAUUCAGUUGGAAUAAGGAAUUUAUUGCAACAAAUUGUUAGACUUGAAUUUUAUACCAUUGCAAAAACACUUUUUCUAGCGAAUUGAAAACCUAGUCAAAAUCACAACAAAGAAACCAAAAAUAUUUAAUCAAAACCAAAGAACGUUUAAUCAAAAAAACAAAACAAAAACAAAAACUAUAACCAUUGCGGCAUAACUGUUAAAAACGUGUUGUCGAUAAAUUACAUUUUAUAGCUAAUAAGAGUUCAAAACAAAAGCAAAAAUUGAAAGCCAAAGACAUCAUAAGUAGACUAGAUCUUAAGUUUAAAACCAACUAUUCACGAGACUUUUUGAAACGGUUGAAUUGGUAAGCGUGAAUCGCAGUGAAGAAAACUGAAUUGAAAUGAUCAUGUUAAGUAUACGUAAACUAACGGUAGCUGAGCACACGAAUUAAAGGUUGCAUUUCGAUAACUUUAGCAGAUUUAAAAUGUAUUAGCAAUUUGUGAGACUAAUUAAAUGAAAACAAAACAGAAAAUGGUUUUUCCAAAUCUUUAUACUGCUAACAUGAAAAACCAAAUAAUAUAACAUGCGACUAUGGGUAGAAAAAUGAUAUAGAGUAGCGUUUACUAGAGAAGUUUGUAGAGUUGAGUAAUUCAAAAUGCAUUUGUGGAGUGCGUCAAUUAAGUUGGAUAUUAUGGGUGUGUGCAAAAGGUCAAAAAUCUGAAUAUAUAGAUAUUUAUAUAUAUAUAUGUUAUUGGGAACAACAAACAAGUUAGUCAAAAUGAAUCGACAUGUAGAAAGCAGUUAGGUCAACUUGAAAAUUCGUAGUCUAGUCUAGUAGCGUUCUACUUACAUACAUAUACAUACAUACUAGUUAUGUGUUUUCUGAGCUUUUUUUCAAAUUGUUGUUGUGAACCAUUUAGCUUGCCUAUAUAUCAAAUUUCUUUGUAUACCUUUUUGGAAAACUACCCGUUUUUUGACUAUACAUACCAGAAGUUGCAUUCUACGUGUAUAACCGUCCUAAUUCUUAAAACUAUGUACUAUAUGAACUUUGCAAAAUAUUUGAUUUUAAGCAAAAACAAAAGAACAACGUCUUUUAUGCAUACUACUAUUUCAAAUGUGUGUGUAUGUGUGUGUGUGCGUGUGAGCUAAUUCCUAAGCCACUUCGAUUUUACACAAUGUAUUCAAAAUCAAAACAAAAAUAUCCCCUAAGUUGCAA